AUCCUAGAAAAUUUGACGCUGAAUCCGCCGCGCAAACUAAACCAAAGUCCGCCUUCGCAGCCGCCGACUCCGCCCAGUACGCCACUGUCACCGAAGGCUCAUGAUGUCCUAAACACCAAGUAUACCUCAUCGUCCGUACCUUUUCUACCUAACCUAACGAUAACUCAAACGUCUAGUCCUAGUAUACCUCACAACUCUAACCAGAGCUGUCAGAGAGGUCCGCUGGACCUCGAUACGAAAAAACGCAAGAUCUCAUCCCACUACACGAACGGCACUGCGCUCAAUUUUUCGCACAUAGACGUCGAAAGUAUGCGGAUCAAGGGCGGCUCGGAAAGCAAUUCGGGUGACCCAAAAUUGAUUGGACAUUCCAGCCAACACAGUCCUGGGGCCAUGUUUUCUCCAAGCUUAAUGCAAUUUCCUGUGUCGAAAUCGGAAGAUGGCAGUCCGCCCCCAAUGGAAAACAACCCUAUAAGUGCUAUGUUGGCCCAAACGAUGGCUUCGUCGCAUUCGAGAGAUUCCAGCCAAUCGCACCUCAUGAUGAACAAGACUCAGAGCCAAGUAGACUACUCGAAGUAUGUAAGAAAAUUCUCGUCGUCGUUAGAAUGCGGGAGCACCUACUGCAAAGAUCUAAACUACAGGCAAGCUUUACAAGAGCAUUUCCACUGUUUAGACUGCAACUCGCGCGUCUUCAUCAAGAAAGAAGAGAUGAUCCGACACUUCAAGUGGCACAAGAAACGCGACGAGUCGUUGCAGCACGGCUUCAUGAGGUACAGUCCGCUGGACGACUGCAGCGAUCGCUACGCGAAUUGUUCCCACAACAAAAAACAAACCCACUACCACUGUAUAAAAGAAGGCUGUGAUAAAGUGUACAUAUCGACAUCUGAUGUCCAAAUGCACGCAAACUACCACCGGAAAGAUUCCGCCAUCAUCCAAGAGGGCUUCCAAAGGUACAGGGCCACCGAAGAAUGCGGUGCUUCGUAUUGUUCAUUUUUCGGACAAAGAACAACUCACUUCCAUUGCAGACGGUCCGGUUGUAGAUUCACGUUCAAAAACAAAUCGGACAUGGAAAAACACAAGACUUACCACAUCAAAGACGAGCAACUGAGCAGGGACGGCUUCAAGAAAUUCAUGAAGAACGAAGUGUGUCCGUACGAGAACUGUCGCUUCUCGAAAGUCUGCAACCACAUCCACUGCAUCCGGCCCCAGUGCAACUACGUCCUGCACAGUUCCGGCCAGUUGUUCUCCCACAAACGGAAACACGAGCGCAAAGAUUCGGAACUGGCCUACCGGAAGUACAAACUCGCGCAGAGCAUGAUGAAAACGUUACAAGACGGUAACUUAGGUUUGGGAACGCUUCCACGGGAAUACGAUCAGCAACUCGAAGGACUCAAUCUCAGCAUGUUCCAUCAAGGAUCCAUGUCCACAUACUCGAACCUUUCCAAUUCCGAAAGCAUGAGCGAAAGGAAUUCUCCUGUUAGUUACGAAGAAGGCGAAUCUUCGUCGGCCAUAGAUCUCAGUGGAAACGAUUUUAAUACGAUGCCCCAAGAGGAGGCACCCAGUUGGAACGGCGAAGAUUUCUGGCGGAAAUACUGCCAAUACUUCGGCUCACAGGAGAGUUGUGUUGAAAAAUGCGAAUAUUCCUACAGCGAACAUUUUCACUGCGUUUUGGAACAUUGCGAAAUGGUAUUUAAUUCCAAAGACGCUGUUCGUGAACAUGCCAGAAACCACGAGCAACAAGAACAAGUAACAGAAACGUUCUUUGUUGCGGUUCCUCAACACGGUGGCACUUGCGAAGAGUCCUGUUUAUAUCAGGAUAAGGAGAAGCAUUAUCACUGCAAUAUUGAAAAUUGUCGGGAAGUGAUACUGGCAACGGACAAGCCGUUCAAGAGGCUAGAGCAUUAUAAAAUGCAUGAGUAUUCCCGAAAACUCAGUUUAACUAAAGAUCCACUCACAAUGACCUACUUGGCAACAUCAAUUGACGGCAUGUUUUGCAGGAAACGUGGAAGACCUCCCAAAAAUCGAGUCAUAGAAGUUUGGAACGACUAUGCACCUAUGGGCAGCCAGAGUUUAAUGGACUCGCCUCAAGCCAUUUUUACAAGCUUUAAACUUCCCAAGCCUUCGGCAACAGUUCCAUCCAAUACCAAAGAAAAUGAUCAGCACGAUUCCAACGACGAAAGAUCGAACAGUCCAACCAACAAUCAAACUCACGAUUGCUCCCUUCAGGGAUUCGAUCUGUACAACGAAAACACAAAAUGCCCCGAUUCCUUAUGUCCUUAUUUGGGCAACGUUCACUACCAUUGCAAUCAGAACCGGUGCUUGUAUGUAACAGAAAAGGAAGACUUGCUAAUAAUGCACAGCAAGGAUUUUCACGACAACAUAGAAAUUUUGGACGGCUUCGAGUUUUACGACAGAAACGUGGACUGUCGUUUGCCCAAUUGUCCGAGCAACAAGACCAAUAGACAUUUUCAUUGUACGAGACCAAACUGUAACUAUUCCUUCGUCCAAUAUUCUUCAAUGGCUAUACACAACCAAAAGCAUAUCGACGAAUCUGAACAUCAAAAGUUAUACGGUAGUUUGAAUCAGAUUAGGGUGAAGAGUGAACCUGGUGCUGAAGAGAAACCUUGCGACAACAUACCGGAGAGCCAACAACAAUUUCGGGCAAUCAAUUUGAGUCAAAGUACGACGACUACAGACAACAAAGUGUCGGUGGUAAAGGCUUCAGGGACUUUUUAUCCUCUUUCAACAAUUCCAACUGCUGAGGGCCAAAAAUCCCCUGAAUUAAAUAAAUUCGUACCAGCAGAAAAUUCAACACUCGAUUCACCUUCAUCCAAUAUGGGAAGUCAAACAUUGUACGGGCCAGAACUGAGUUGUAGUCGACCAUUUUGUAAACUCAAAAGGAAGUUCCAUUACCAUUGUAACGCCUGCAAUCAGGCUUUCUCUGAGGUGGACAAAUUAGUCACUCACGUGGCGAAACACAGCACUGGUGCCUUAAGUGGUCAAAUGCAGGAAGAAGUUCAGCAACAUCAACAACCCAACCCCCUAACGAUCCCCACCACAUCCUCAUCAACUCCCACGCCUCCCACGUCAAAACCUGAACCCAAAAUUAACGUCGCUCCUUUGCAUUCCCUCCAAAACCCACCAAUACCAAAAUCCGAACCUGAAACGACAGCAUCUUAUCUCACCACGCCCACAUUUGAUGCAUACAGUCACUUCACCAAUUUCAACACCAACCUCGCAACCCAAUUUGCCCUAAUGUCCCAACAGCAAGGAAUCCAAUCGGCUUUUCUACCCCAAAGCUUGUACCAAAACGCUGGAAUCCCCGCACAGCUCAUGUUUCAACAUGGAUCUUUGAUGCAGAGUCCCCUGCUUCCUCCUCAGAACCCCUUCGGAAGCGAAAGCAUGACCUCGCCCUUGGCCGCGAUGGCAGCCAACUUGAACAAAAGAACAAUGAGCCCCCACGAACUGUCGCCAGAGCAAAAGAAAGCGAGGCUGCAAUCUUCAAUGAGAAUCUUGAAAGACGAACCGGUACCUGAAGGAUAUCUUAGGUUUAAAUUCAAUGAAGACUGUCAAUAUCCGCACUGCGGAUACAGGGAACACCAAACGCACUUCCAUUGUCAAAGGCAAGACUGCGGUUAUAGUUUUUGUGACAAGACCAGGUUCGUCCAGCACACUGCCCGCCACGAACGGUUGGACACCCUGAUGGGCGGUGACUUUCAACAGUACAGGGCCAACGUGGCCUGCGGUAGACCCGAAUGCGCCUACACCACCAACCUUGGAUCAACGCAAAAUAAGGCGUCCCACUUCCACUGUUUAAAAUGCGAUUUUGUGUGCACGGACACUAACAAGGUGGUCGCCCAUAGGCGCCAACACCAAAAACUCGACUCGAUCCAGGCGGCUGGGUUCGAAAAAUUCACUCCCAGCCAGCAAUGUAAAAUAAUCAAUUGCCAACAUAGCGGCAAACAAACGCACUAUCACUGUCUGUCGUGUCAGUACGCGGUCCUUGGCUUAGCCCAAAUGUCCGCACACAAAUAUAGACAUUUAGAAGGCUAAUUAAAAAUCGCAACGGCCGUUUUUAACGUUGGAAAUCUUUAUGGGGGAACCCUAAAUAAAUAGAAUUUAUUCUUAUUGAGAGUACAACUUAUAUUUAUUUAAGUAUUUAAGUUCGAUACUACUUAAAAAUAUUUCACUCAUUAUUUAUGAACUUUAUCAAGAUAAUUUGUUAAAUCGUUGAUAAUAUAACAUCCUUAUAAUAUCCACAAACAUUUCCAACGCUAAAUUUUCCUUUUUUUUCCGGUGAAAAAAAACCAACUUAAUAACUCGCGAUUUAUCUAAUAAGUACACAUAGAACUUAAGAAACAAUUUCCCAGUUAUUUCGUUAGUUUUACUGGCCCCUCUGUACAUAGAUGUGUAAAAUAAUAAUAUUAUUAUUAUUAAUUAAUUACUUCAAAUUAGUUUCGUAGAAAUAACGAGUUCUCUGAGGCUUAGGUUGACAUUAAAUGUGGCUCCCCGAAAAGCCAUUAGUCUUUUGUUUUUUCUUUUCUUUUUUUGUUUUGAAUAAAGCUUUAUUUUUGGUUUUUCACCGUACGAAAAACAAAUGAACUGUAUAUAGGUAUAUACAUGCAUGUAAAAGGCAGCUUAUAUAGCAGCAAAAUGACAUAAAUAUUUUGCAUGUUGUCGAACGACUUUAUCAAAGUCGAAAAAGUGGCUGGAUAAAUAAAAAUAGCAAAUUAUCUAAA